AUACUUCCCCCAUCCUGACGUCAGCUGGAUGUGUGACUUUUCCUCCCCAUCCCAGCCCCAAACUGACGCAUUCACAUAUGGACUCUUCAGCAGCAGUACUGGGCUCAGCUGCGUACUUCAACAACAUCCACACAUGAACACCCUCACUAUGCUCCCUGAGCCUCUCCUCCAACAGUGAUGCCUGCCUUCAGCUCUCCUGCUCCCCUCCUCUGUGUGCUUCUGUGUUUGUCUGUAGCUCUGCAGCGCUCUGACCUGCGCGUGGCCUAUGUGACCCACAACAGCUUCUUCUACGCAUGCAGCCAAGACCCCCAGCCCUGCAGCGAGCCAUCCCUCGCAGACUGCAGAUGUAAAGACAUCCAGCACCGAUCGCACUCCCACUCGCCCCCUGUUUUCAGGAUGAGACGAUUAACAGUUUGGUUCACGUCACCUUUGAAUACGGCACUUCUGCUUAACAACUCAGAGGUGAGGCACCUUACUCUGAUCCACUGUGGGGUUGGGGGAAUCAAAGGGGCUCAUUCUUCUUCCCUGGAGGGGCAUUUUGCUGUGCAGCACCUGGAGAGGCUAACAGUGGUGAACAUGCUGCAGAGGCCUGUACAGAACAGUCCAGAUGAAAACAAUGCCAAAAGCACAGACUCAAACAGUGACCCGGAGAGAGAUAACGGCGCUCAUCUGGACUCUAACAGAUACAACAAGGACAUAGACACAAACAUGGAUCUUGUGGAUCUGAAGGGAAACUACUCACCACUGAUUCAGGACCUCUUCCUGGGCAGGGAGCUGGGAGCAGCAUAUCAUGAACAGGCCAGACUGGGAGUCAUUCACAGCUCCGUGCUGGAGUGGGGAGCAGCCAUCAAAGCCUACACAGUCCAGACUCAUAUCAACAAUGAUGGCCUGCUGCCAUUCCCAGACCUCUACCUGCCAAAACUACCAGAGACAUCUGUUAUUUAUGUUAGCUUUGUUUACUAAGGCCAAGCCAGUUUUUAAAGACAAGAGAAAGAAGACUGUACACACAAAAACAGUCACUUUCUUGAUCCCAUUUUAAAGCUCCUGUGAGUUUUAGCUGCUUAUGAGACUGGAAGAGAAUAAAACUGACCAUCAGCAGAAACAUUGACAUUGUCUAUACUAUUCCUGAAGCUGUUGGUGGUGAUGGUGGUUGGUGGGUGUCAAAAAAGUUACUGAAUUCUGAAGAAACACAUUUUUGUUUACAUUUGCAUAGCAAAGAUUCCCAAUGUGUUACACUUGACAAAAAAGUAAGCUUGAGCUUUAAGAAUUGUAAGUCUUUUCGUUGUUGCUGUUGACAGGCACCUUGAAUUAAAACGUGACCAGGCCUGCCCGCAGAUUUGGCUGGGCCCCUGACAACGCCAGAGAAUGGGCCCUACCUGGAUGUUAAUUAUUGAUAAUAUCAGUGUGUGUUGGAUCAGUAGCAUUGGUGCACAUACUGGCUAAUGGUAACUUUAUUUUGAAAUUGAAACGUGUGUCAAACUAUUAUUAGGUUCUGAAGUGAAACUUUUUAUUUGUGUAACUAUUUAACCCCUUUUAACUGUUUUUCCCGCCCAUUUUUGCCACUAUUAUUUGCUGCUUUUCAUUCAUUUUGCACAAUUUCUGCCUAUUUUUGCCACUUUAAACUCAAGUUUUCCACCUCUCAAUCCUAUUUAACCACCUUUCUGCCCAUUUUUGCCACUCUUUUCCACCACCUUUUUUUUGCCUUUUUGCAACUUUAAGCACAUCUAAUUGAUGUGUCUGUUAACCCCUUUUCGCCACUUUUUUGCCCAUUUUUGACAAUUUAAAUGACAUUUCACUGCACGUUACUCCUGUUUCUGCUACUUUGAACCCAUUUUUUUCUCUUUUAACCCCUUUUUUAAACACCUUUUCUGCCAAUUUUUGCCACUUAAAACACAUAUUUGCCAACUUCCAUCAAUUGCUGCCUCUGUUUACCCAUGUUUGCCACUGUUAAAUGUUUUUCCCCACUUUCAUGCCCACUUUUUCAAAUUUUAACCACAUUUCCCUACAUGAUACUCUUAUUUUUGCUGCUUUGAACCCAUUUUUGCCUCUUGAA